AUGGGGCCACCUGCUCUGCUCAGGUGUAAUGUUAGAGUGAGUGUCAGCAUCCUCUCUGAGUUGGGGAGUACAGGGAGCAGGGCGACAGGACCAGGUUUUUGGGGUGAGACAGUCGAGGAUAGCUUCUCAGCACCAAGACAAAGGGGUGUCAGCGAGGAACGACCAGAGCAGCCUGAAUGGUUGGUCAGAGAGCUGCUGAGACAGAAGGGCCGAAGACACUCGGUCACACUGGGAGAUGAGGCUGGACUCAUGAGACGACAACACCACAGCAUUGACUCAACUCGCAGACUAUGCAGCCCCGAGCACUCAGACUUCAUGAACUGUCUGGGGGAGUUCUGCACACACAUGCUGCAGAGACACAAGGCCAAGCAGGACACUGCAAGACGCAGAAAGCAGGUGGCGUUCACCCUGCCGGCCACCACGAAGGCGUUGUGUCACGGCAUCCCCAUCGUCAACAUCCACUCCACCCGUGAUGGCACCAUCGUAUCGGUGCGAGAGGACGGGGUGGUUUGCUGCUGGAGCCCUGAACCCAAACCACUCAAGACCAAACAUAUCUUUAGUGAAGGACCUGCAAACAGGAAGUCAAAGUGGGCGAGUGAUUUUACUCUGAUGACAGAGUUCAACAAGCUGAUGAUCGGAACAGGGGACAGAGAGAUCCAACUCUAUGAGCUUUCCACCCUGGAGCCUUAUUGCCAGAUCAAUGCACUAGACACAGUGCCUUUGACAUUAGACUAUAGCUACACUGGCGCUGAUACAUGUUGUAUCCUGUAUGGAGACACAGACGGAUGUGUGAAUAUCAUUUUAAUAUCCUCUGUUGGAGAUACCCUCAGAUUAUGGAAUAAAUUACCAAAGAUUGAAAAUAUGCCCAACAUAGCGAUCGACAAUGCAGUGCUAUCUCCCAAUGUGACAUUUGUCAGAUGGAAGGUUCAUCACGACUGGGUGACACAGGCAAAAUAUUUUCAUGGUUUUCAAGCUGUCGUCUCCUCAUCGAAUGAAGAGUCUUCUUCCCUCGUUAUAGGCUGUGUGCUGCCUUUAACAGACGUUGAGCAGCAGUUGAGUGAGAUCAGAGAGGCCUGCUAUGAAGGUAAAACCAAGAAGGUCCAACUGAGCUGGAUUCCACAGCUCCGGGCGUCAUGUGACCAGACAGUGUUCAACAUCUACAAAGGUGUCAAGACCUUUGACCUGUGUCAGAAGCACAGCUUGCUGGUCACUGGAGGCAUGGACAGACUCGUACGAAUGUGGAACCCACAUUUCUCUGGGAAACCAACCAGUAUUUUGAAAGGCCACUCUGCUCCCAUCGUCUACCUGCACAUCUCGUCAGAGGACAGUCAGAUCUUCUCCGUCUCCAGAGACAACACAGUGAAAAUCUGGGAUAUUGAAGAUCAAUAUUGCCUGUUUACAGCAGACCCCAGCGCCAGCGGGAUUCACGGCGACAUGUCUGCAUGCUCGUACUCCUCUGCUAUGAAAAGCUUUUACAUUGCGGCAGACUGUAUGGCUGUGCUCUCCCUGAAGAUAAGGCCACGUCUUCACAGCCGGCGGACUGUUUCUCACGAUGAGACCGUAAUGUGCUGCGGCUACAGUGAGGAGUUCCGUCAAGUCGUCAGCUGCACUGAGGGAUCUGUAAGUAAAUCAGUAAAAGUCUGGGAUUUUGACACGGGGCGUCAGGUCUUUGAGUUUGGUGGCACCAGUGAUCUGUCUGCCACUACAUGCUUGAACUUUGACCCCAAAGGGAGGAGACUCAUAACAGGGGGAAGAGAUGGUUGUUUAAAGAUCUGGAACUUCAACAAUGGCCAGUGCCUGAAGACACUAAAGAAGGAGGGUGAAUGUCACGAAGUGUGCGACUGCAUCUUUUUGCAAGUCCAGAGGAAUUUCUAUGUGAUGUCUGUCGGCCGGGACCGGAAGAUAGACAUUUACCCAGACACACCCGAGGACCUUCAUCAUGUCCAGAGGCCACAGCCUUCGUGGCAAGAUGAUCUGAAAAAUGGCCAUAAGGAGGACAUCCUGUGUGUGGCGCAGUGUCCCCCAUCACUCGUAGCCACCAGCAGCUAUGAUGGAGAGAUUAUAGUGUGGAACGUGGUUUUAGGACGUAUACAGUGUCGGUUUGUCAGUCCCUUGCUCGCUGAAAACCAGAAUGUGGAAGGGCUGGAUACAAGUGUUCCAAGCAUCAUUUUCAUUAAGAACUCCAAGUUACAGCACCUUUUCUCGGCGAUAGCACUGCUAUCUUCUGGAGCCAUGGGCUGUGUAAAUCUCUGGAACGUACUCAGUGGAGCAAAAUGUGUCGGCAGCUUCAAAGCUUCUCGAUUACAACAAAAGAUUACAAAACUGGCUAAAGCGGACAAAGACACGUUGCUGUACGCUGCUGACCGAAUUGGUUACAUCUACGUAUACAAUAUAGACAAGUUUGCCCUUGGGCAAAAGUCACCUAGAGCUGAAAACUUCUGGCGUGCCCACACCAGCAGAAUUACUGGUCUGCAGAUUGUUGACAAUGAUCAAGUGGUGCUUACCUCGUCCAUUGACUACACAGUGCGCCUUUGGAGUGCACAUGGAGAAUUCAUAGGGACCUUUGGGCAGUCUGAGAGCUGGGGCGUCCACAUCUCUUCUUCUUGGAAACAUCCUGCGGUCCCCUAUGAGGUCCUGAUUGACCCUCUGAGUAUGCCUGAUCAGGACAUUCUGAAUGCAAACACACGUCUUUCUGCUGCCAUCCAUCCUGACAAGCCUGGGGCUCGUAGAGGCGAAGCACAGUCAGAGACACACAGUAAACUGAGACUUCCCCCAACAUCCAUCAGUGAUGCAGACAUUGAGGGAGAUAAAAAUCACAUUGUACCCAGAGGAACAUAAGACCGGGCUGUCAUGAAACUGUCAGGAACACUAAAAAGCUAUCGAUCCACUGGUCUCUGAAAGGCUUUGAUGCUGCGGAGCCACGGACAUCGACGUAAGACUUGACCUAGCAACUGAAAACUAUUGAUCACAGUUUGGAAACAGAAUCCUUAAAUAUUAUACAAACAUUCUUUUAAAAUGGAAAUAGUGAGGAGGGCUUUAGGUAAUUAUUACAAUGACUCAUGUGAAGUAAAAUAAUGGAUGAACUUAAUGUGUGAAAAGAUAUGGAUUGCGAAAUGAAGAAGCUAUGAACAAAGUGGAAAGUUAAUGAAGAACACAAAAAGUCAAAGACAAAGUGCCUUGACCUUAACUUCAGGCUGUCACAAAUGUCCAGGUCACAGUCAUUUGUUAAAGUCAUAUUUUAAAAAAGGGUUUGAAAACCAUUACUGUUAGACUAGCACUAAUAACUUUGACUUUUAUGACUUCAGACUGUGAGGAAGAGCAUAUUUAUUUCUCAAUAUGCCUUAAGAAGACCAAUUCAGAGAAUGUUUUCAGUGAGAAAUCUCUGAAAAACCACUGCACGCCCAACCAAACCUCAGACAGACAAAACUAGCGGCAAGUGAACAUUGCGUUGUAGAGCAUUUAGUAGCCCAAAAAGCCUGAUUUAUUUCCCUCAGGAGUUGGUGGGGACCAAAACAGAGUAAAAAGGUCAGUGCAUAUUGUACUUUUAUUCAUCAGGUGGACAAAAACAUGGAAUUGUUUGUGAAAAUGUUUCACCAAAGAGGUGAUACUAUUCAUGUGUUUACAUCUUGUUUCAGUUACCUCUACCGCCAUAAUAAUACCUGUUCUUGCAGAUUGGAAAAAGUGUUUUCCCGAACUACUGGCUGGGAUCAAUUGAUUUUUACGUUAAUGAGCCAGUUGUGCAAACCUGAUUCUAAAAAUGCUGGAAAAAUAAAUUAUAUAUUACAUCCUU